UGUCACCUCAGUUCACAGCUCGCUCCGCUCGUCAUGUGUCAACACUCACUGUCUGCGCUCGCCUGCCUUCUCCUAGCGUUCGUUUCUGAUGUGGUGGCUGAAGGACCUCUGCACCAUGCUUUGAGCCUGGGUAUGAUAGGACAUAACUUGACCAGAGAGGAUUGUAUCUGGAGGAGAGGAGGUGACAGAGACCACUGCCCGGACCCCAACAUCUUCUACUACCUCUACACGCCUGGCAGGAACGAUGAGGGUAGACCUCAUGUGGAGAGGCUAGAUGUGAUGUCUCCAGGGUGGCUCCACUCCAGUCACUACGACCACUCGUUGGACACCGUCGUGUUGAUCCAUGGUUAUGCUGGAGUCACUGACGUCUUGCCCAUUGGUGUCCUCAGAGACGCAUACAUGAAGCAUGGGAGACACAAUGUCUUCGUGGUGGACUGGGGUGAACUAGCGGCUAUUCCUUGCUACCCUGCAGCUGUCCACAAUCUGCGGCCAGUGUCUCGUUGUGUGGCUCAGUUUCUGGCGUUCCUUAGGGAUUCCGGCGUUCCGGUUUCCCGCACCUCCUGUAUUGGACACUCUUUGGGUGCUCAUGUGUGCGGAGUCGCCGCAAACUACCUGCUUUUCCGCAUGCACCGCAUUAUUGGCCUAGACCCGGCUCGGCCCCUGAUCAAGUCACAGCCCAAACACCGGCUGGAUGCUUCUGACGCCGAGGUGGUACAAGUGAUUCACACCUCCUCGACAUUUGGAGACAACAGGAGAGCGGGUCACAUCGACAUAUGCGUCAAUGGCGGCCGGGCACAGCCUUUCUGUCACAACACCACAAACGAGCAGCUGUGCAGCCACAUCCGCAGCGUGUGCUACAUGGCAGAGAGCCUGGACCCUGCCACCGCCAGGGUAGCUGUGCCCUGCACUCGUCGCUGCCACGGGGGCGACAGGAUACAGGACUGGAAACGACACGCUCCACCUGUCCUGAUAGGUCAAAACACUCCAGACAGCGCUACUGGGAUGUUCUGUGUCAGCAAUGACGAGGCGCCCUACUGUCCCAGGAAGCGAGGAGACCCUGGCAGUCCACUAUGUUGUGUUCCACCCUCACUUCACAGUAACUUCGGCGAUGAGGAGACUACCACCACCCCUGAGACCACUAUCGCCCCCACCACCACCACAGAGCCUAUAGCCACCGACAUAGUCACCACCUACACCAUCAACCCUAUGGCUACACGUCUACCGACCUUGCCAACCUCAUAGCUUACGAGUUUCGUGUAACUAAAAAUACAAAGAAAUGUAUUCAGCGUGACUCUUGAGCUUUUUCUUGAAGUUUAACUUAAGAAUAGCCUAUAAGAAACCAAAUAAUAUCAAAUUAUUUCUCUUCUUUUAAACGUCUGCACAAAAUAUUAUACUCGAAGCGUUACGAUUAUAAUUAACAUUGCGUUUUAAACUCCCAGACCAAACAGAAGAGGUAAGGUUUACGGCGUUGAACACUUCCAAAAAUACACGCUCAAGAGGACUGUGUAGUAUUUGUUAAAUAAUAAAAUUAAUGAUUAUGUGUUUAAAAUGUAAUUUUAGAUUGUGCCUGAAAGAAAAAAAUUCUGUUUUGUUUAUUUUCAUAGCAAUUUAUUUAGUUUCCAAGAGUAACAAUAAAUCAUGUAAGAUAACGGUUUUUUUCUAAGAUAAUGUGUUUAUACUGUAAUUGUUAUGGUUUUAAGUUGUAAAAUAAUUACUAUUCAACCCAUCUCAAAUUCUUAUUACGGCUGUUUAAAAUUUCAAUACAUAAAUGACACUAGCCGAGCAAACCUUACAAUACUCUGUACAUAAAAGCUGACUAAGGUUUAAUGUUUGGUAAACAUUAGUUCUGAGUUUAUUUUUCAACAGGACAUCGUAAUUUUUUCUAGAAGAAACAACAACGGUACAAGUUUAUUGAAAUAUUUAAUUGGUCAAAAAGGAUGUUUGAUUUCAUGAAAUAUUGGCAAUUUAGUUUUGCAAAGAAGACGUCAAUUUAAAACCAAUCGACUAAGGAAUAUGCGAGAUUUAUGCAAAAUGUCGCCAGUCAGCCAGAGCAGCCGGGUCUGUGUGUGCACCGUCGCUACUGGCGGCGGCCCGAGUCAAAUAUCGCCAACCUCAAAGAGUUAAAAGAAACAAGUCGAGAGUACAGGACUAGUGAACAUGAACUGAGUAUGUUGCAGCUACUGACUCGAGGUUGUGGCUUUAGUUGUAUAAAUUACUUCAUAUGACCAAGUGAUUGAAAAUGAUAUUCAUAAAUAAUCUUUUCGAUUGAAUACUUGGGUAUCAAGUUGUAGGAAUUUAGAAUAUCUGGAUGAUCAUUAGUAAGUAAAAUAAACAAUACAGGCCCUAAGAUCGAUCCUUGCGGAACACAACGGUUCAUUGGCAGUACUUCAAAUCUUUAAGUUGUAAUGACUCCUUUUGAUUUCUGGGAUACCUCAACAACCUGUUGUUUACCCUCCAGGUUAAGCAAAGCACCAUAAAAGAGCUGUAUCUUGUGUUCAAGAGCUAAAUAGUUAUGCUAAGAUCUUGUCAUAGCUUAGAUAGUCAAAUGCUUUUUUGAGAUCAAGCUGUAGCCCCACCAUUGUGUUCCCAGACUCAACGUUACACACUAUGUAUUCAAAAAGUUUAACUAUUGCUGCUAUAAGGAAAGCAGUCACUAUAGUUCAAGACAGUAUAAUUAUAAGAUUGAAAAAGAAUAUGUAAAGAAGAUACCAGCUAUGCUUGAAUUCUCAAGUAAAGGAUGAUUGCUAUGUACGUUUAAGGGUAUGAAAAAAAACUAAAAUAAAUGGUUUUACUAAGUGG